AUGCAUGUGUCAGUGGUGGCAGCAGACGUGAUAUUGCUCCUGAGCAUGGGGCAGAUGUCAGACUCUCUUUGCUCACCCACCAGUUUUUAUAGAGACUGCUGGAUCCGUCGCUUCCCAGGUCUUCUACUUGACCUGGAGGAGUCUCAGAAGCUGGGAGCCCGUUUUUUGAGGUAUUAUUCUGAAAGCACUGGCCAGAAGUGCAGUAGGAGCUGCUGUCUUAGGAAGGAUGUUUUCUGUAACUUGGCUGUCUUCUACCAUGAUCCUAUUCACGACAAUGUCAACUGCCUCCAUAUUCACUGCCCAACAUUGGAGAGCUGCGUAUUACAGCCUGGAACCAGUGCCAUUUUGUACAACAUAACAGAAGGUAUCGAUCCAGAUUUGCUAGUUUUUGAACAAUCAUCUCCCAAAUAUCCAGAUUCCCGUUCUUCAUCUAUUAGGUGGGACAGACUAAGAAUCCUCAAGUCCAUGAAUUUGGACAAACAACAAACCACCAUGGCAAACCAAAGGCUACUGUCAAUAGAGGUUCCAUCAUCAAGCACACAUCAAGAUUUGGUUGGAAACACAAACAAUACCAGUUAUUCUAAGGAAUUAACCACAAUUUCUUGGGCAAGAUUCAGUUCCCUGAAUGACUCCGUUACCGCAAAGGUAAACAAGGUGUCACCAAGUACUGAUUUCAUCAGCAAUCCAGAUAACAAGACUAUUUCUCCUUUCUUUGUUCCCACAGACACAAAACUUUCUUAUAUGCCAAUUCCAUCCCAACUCAACAAUAGCAAACAAUUACUGAACAAAACAAAGGGGUACAGCAGCAGAAACCACACAUCUGAGAAUGAAGAUGAAACAUCUGGUGGGGCAUCUGUGACUUCACAGACAUGGCUGGUUCCUGUGGUACUUUGUAGCUCUGCCAUCUUUCUUUGCUGUUGUAUAGUCAUCCUGGUAUCUGGAUGCUGUCGAAAGCAGCAGGGCCAGUAUAAACCAGGACAGAGAAAGUUAGGAUCCAGGCAAAUUAAAAAAUGCAAUACUUUGAAGGCAAACUUUUAA